AUGGAGGCAGGUUCGAGUGGAUUCUCUGCCAUGGCACCACCUGUGUUUGAUGGGGAGAAUUAUCAAGCAUGGGCUGUGAAGAUAACAGCUUUUAUGGAAGGUUGUGAUUUGUGGGAAGCAGUAGAAGAAGACUACAAGGUGGCUCCCCUUCCUAACAAUCCAACCAUGGCUCAGAUCAAGCUGCACAAGGAGAAGAAGACCAGGAAGGCAAAGGCAAAAUCGUGUCUUUAUGCUGCUGUGUCACCCACCAUCUUCACCAGAGUCAUGAGGCUUGAGUCAGCAAAAGCUAUAUGGGAUUACUUGAAGGAAGAAUAUGAAGGAGAUGAGAAGAUUAGAGGUAUGAAAGUGUUAAAUUUGUUGAGAGAAUUUGAAAGGCUUCAGAUGGAAGAGAGAGAGACUGUGAAAGAGUUUGCAGACAAGCUUGUGGAGAUAGCAAACAAGAUAAGGGUGUUAGAGACUGAUUUAAGUGAUAGCAGGUUGGUACAAAAACUACUUGUUUCAGUGCCAGAGAGAUAUGAGGCAACAAUUGCCUCUCUUGAGAAUACUAAGGAGUUGUCAGAUCUGAAGUUUGUUGAAGUUCUAAGUGCUUUACAAGCACUAGAACAGAGGAGAAUGAUGAGGAGAGAAGAGCCAGUAGAGGGUGCAUUGCAAGCCAAAGUGAAGCAAGGCAAUCCUGCAAACAACCAAGGGAGCAUGAGUUCAGAUGCUGGAGAUGGCAAGGUUUAUACAGAUCCUUGUAAGCACUGUGGGAAGAAGAGUCAUCCUCAAUUUAGAUGCUGGAGGAGACCUGAUGUAAAGUGCAGAAAAUGCCACAAAAUGGGGCAUGUAGAGAGGAUUUGCAGGGAGCAGCAUCAUCAUUUUGGAGAAGCACAGACUGCAGCAGCAAAUGAGAUGAAGUCUAAGGUGGAUGACAAUCAGUCUGUUAAAGGGAUUACAUUGCUUGCAGACAAGCAACAAAGCUGCAAUAUUGCAGAUGCAGUUGCAUUUUUAGAAGUUGCAGGAGAAGAAGAAGGCAAAGCUGAUAAAAGAGUGAUGGUUGCAAUCAAGGAGGAGUUGGCUAUUUUAGAGCCCAAUACAAAGUUUGAUCUUGAGGGCUCACCAGAAGUCUUUCAAGUGCCAAAGCAGGAGAAUAAAGUUUAUGAAUUAAAAGAGACUCCUACAGCUUAG